CCUCUAAUGUACCGUUUGUAAACGGAUUUCCCCCCUUGUCUGGAAAUCACAGACCCUCUCCUGCUGUCAUUUUAGUAGAGGAAAUAGAGACAGUGUGACUGUGCUUCUGCACUUGGUUUGGGGUUUAGAGAGACCAAGCUGUAAGUAGGUCGGGCUGGGUUUAAGCAGCUUAGCUACGUCAGCCUAAGCUGAGAGGAAUUCAUCCAAAGCCCUCUGCAGUAGGCGGGGGCCUAAGCGAGGCUGGCCUAGUUAAGCCUGAUUCUUAUUGUGUGCAGCACAGCCUGUUUUUUGUUGUGCAACGUAGCUGUGAGAGAACACAGGAGCAGUGUGUGAAUCCAUGCACUUGUUAGCCAUGGCUUAUGAUUGAUUAAGAAAGGAGCAGGAGACAAUUGAGACGUGUUUGGUAGAUAGACCAGUGUAUCAACGUAGGCCAAAAGAAGAGAGCAGGAGGAACCAAAAAAGAGAAAAAAAAGACAACUGGGUAGAGUGAGGAGACAUAACACUGUUGUUUCAGAGGGGUGACGGCCAAAAGCCCGACUUGGUUUGAGUGAAUUCGCUAUGCUCCAGGAUGGAAUCCAGCUCUGUGUUUCUGCCCAGUAUGGUGGGUAAAGCUCGCUCCUCCAACUUCACCCUCUCUGAGAAGCUGGACCUGUUGAAGCUGGUUCGUCCUCACAUCCGCAUCCUGGAGGAGCACACCAACAAGCACGCGGUCAUUGUGGACAAGAACAAGUGCUGGGACACUGUGGCGGAGCAGUACAAUGCUCUGGGAGGGGACAGACCCCACCGCACCGCUCAGGGCCUCAGGACCCUCUACAAGAGACUGAAGGAGUCAGCCAAACAGGAAGUAAUGCAGCGGAGACACGCCCAGCCGGAGUACAGAGCGAGCAUCUCUGAGCCAACCAGGAGGAUUAUGGAGAUGAUCCCUCACCUGUUUCACCACGUUCCCAUCCAUGAGAAGGACCAAGCACUUUGCAGAUUAAUAUACAGCAAGCACAGCAAGACGCCCAGCGAUCACCCGGGCAGCAGCUCCUCUCUGGGUGGACUCCAGGAUUACUCAGCAGCUGCCCCAAGUAUCCCUCAUGAGGCGGUGGAGCUGAACCCUCAAGAGGACGUAAAACCACCUCCAAACCUCUCCAUCCUCUCCACACACACAGGCUCAGGUCUAGAAGGAAGCCAGGAGCAAGACGGAGAGCAGGAACUGAGUAGUGUCCAUGACUACGAAGUAUCCAUUUCUCCCACUCCUUCCUCUGUGAACAUCCCCCUCUCUACCUCGCCCAUUCCUUUACGCCAUGACUUCUAUCCAAACGACAUCUACCCUCACCCAGAGGCAGACAGGCUUCGCCCUCUGCACCUGGCCAAAGAGGAACACGAGCUGGUGCUGGCCAACCACAGGAAGGUUGCUCUGUACCUGGAGGAGAAGAGGGAAGGGCUGAAAAGGAAGCAAGAACUAGAAGAAGAACUUCUUAAAGCAAAGAUCAAAGUGGAGAGACUAAAGGCUGCCAGACUCAGACACGGACUCCCAAUUCCUCUAUAAUAAGGAAGAACAUGGACAGCUGUGUGAAUUAAUAGAAAGGAAGUGACUGUGAGGCGUUAAAGUAUUACUGACGAGCAAUCAUUCAUCAGAUCAAUGUAUGAGAGGAGUUUUACAGCUUGAAUUACUUUGGAAACAAAGUGCCUCGUACAGACAUGGAUUACCUGUUCACUCCUUGAAGGAUAAUGAUGAUUUAUACUGGCGUCAGUUUCUGCUUUGUUUUCGACAUCAUUUCCAUUCUUCCUGGUAGAAAUGGCAGCAAAACCUGUUAUAGGUCACAACGAUAAUGAGUGUGUGAAAUGAAUGUGAAACGACACAUUUUGAAAUGAAGUAUAUGUUGUAUUAACCAACGUGUACCUCAGUUGUUCUUUUGACCAAAGAGUAGUUUCAGGAAUGUUUAAUUGCAAGGUCAUAUCAGAAAAUAACAAAUCAUGUAGUGUUUUUAGGAAUUAAGGUAUGAUACAUCUCAGAGAGGUUUGUUUUCAACCUCUACUUGAACUAAAAACGAUCCAUUUCGCUGUAGAGGAGCAUGUCGGGAACAGGUUUUAGAUAAACCAGGGUUGUAUCAACAGGUUAAGAUUAGGAAAGCCUUAAAAGAAUAUGCUAGUUUUGGCAAUGUAUAGUAUUUACAUAAAAAAGAGUCAAAUGUUGUCAAUCAAGAAUUCUCUUUGGUUGCUUAAUUGAUGGUCUGUUGAGUAAAGGGGAAAAAAGAAGCAGUGGCAUUAGUUUUUAAUUUCUUUUUGACGUUUGCCAUUGAAUGUAUCGUACUGUUGCAAGUGUUGUCCAUCUCUUUUACAGAUUGUUCUCAUGUUGACUUAUUUCUAUUAAAAAAUGCGUAAUAUUUUA